AUGGAUAGAAGCUCGGAUUCAGACUCUAAAUCGCACGAUCAUGCCAAGACGAAUAUUAACCAAAACUCAAAUAUGAUCUCAUUACCGCCUCUAUCUGAAGACUUGAUGUUUCAUAUCCUUACUUUUGUUCCUAUUAUUUGCUUGAUUAACUCUGCAAGGUAUGUUUGCAAAACUUGGGCUGCUAUCAUUAGCAGCUUUGGUUUUUAUGAAGCCUGUGAACGACGGGCACGUUCUAAACAAGGUCUCUAUGUUGAAGGUAUCAUGUCAUCAAGUAGUUCCUAUUUCUUGGAAUUUAAAGAUGACGAUAUGAAUGGAGAAUUUGAAAUGUUUGAUUUGGUAACACCUCGAAAAAUGGGAGAUAUAAUCACUAGUUGUGAUGGCAUAUUACUGCUUUCAAAUGAUUCUGGACAAAUUUUUGCCGUGAACCCCAUUCUCAAACGCUGGUUUAGAAUUCCUCCUUUUCCUAAUUCUAUGCAAUUUCCAAAUAUUGUGCGUCAAUGCACUAUUGCUCGUGUUCCUGGCACUUUUGAAUUCAAGGUGUUUCUAAUGAAUGUCCUUGAAAUUUCGGGUUCUACUUGGUAUGUUUUCUAUGUGCUCAGAAUUGGAGUAGAUAACUCAUGGAAAGAGAUAGCUAGAAGAGAAAUUUUCCGUAACCAAUUAUUUUAUCGGGAACAAAUUUGUAGUGGAGAAAAGGGUCUUUAUUGGAUAACAAUUGAUGAGGUGGUUGCAAUAGAUGUUGGCGAGGAAAUUAUUGUGCGAGGAUAUCCACUUCCCAGUGAGUCAAACAAUGAGUUGAUGCUUGAUGGUUUGGAUCCAACGUAUUUAUGGAUGGGAAAUCACAUUUCUUGUAUUGUCAACGAAGAAGGAGAUUUUUACAAACCAUAUAAAGUCUUCAUUUUGGAUUUUGACUCAGGAAAAUGGUCUCUUUAUCAUGAAAUGAGGCCUUUUGAUGAUGUGGAUGCUUAUAGUCAUCAGCUUCAAAUUUUAUAUGUGACAUAUCGUUUCUGGAUUAAGGACCAUAUCAUCCUUCUAGUAUCUCUAAGUGAAAACCCAAUAGGUAAUAGAGAUCCUGCCAUAAAAAUGAGACACUUUACUUACAAUGUCAAAACCAGAGAUUUGACUGAGGUCCAGGGCCUUGAUUUGAGCAGUACUGCGGUAUGGCUUCACCGUAACACUCUAGCUUCAUUGCCAAGUACACCUAUUGACGUUUGA